ACGAGUUAUUCACCGAUAACCGACACACAACGCCACCUGGCGAGCUUAUUGACAAACAAAAUAAUAGCGGCUUCAACACAUGUAAAGUCUGAUGGAAAAGUGAAAAUAGAGGCACAACGGUAAACCAUGGCAGCUGGACCAAUAGCGGAGCGUAAUCAGGAUGCAACUGUUUACGUGGGCAGUUUGGAUGACAAAGUGACUGAAGCAAUAUUAUGGGAGUUAUUUUUACAGGCUGGGCCGGUUGUGAAUGUCCACAUGCCAAAAGAUAGAGUGACACAGUCGCACCAGGGGUAUGGAUUUGUGGAGUUCAUGGGAGAAGAAGAUGCAGAUUACGCAAUCAAAAUAAUGAACAUGAUUAAACUGUAUGGAAAACCUAUCAGAGUCAACAAGGCCUCAGCUCACCAGAAGAACUUGGACGUAGGUGCUAACAUCUUCAUUGGGAACCUGGACCCUGAAGUAGAUGAAAAGUUGCUGUAUGAUACAUUCAGUGCAUUCGGAGUUAUUCUGCAGACACCAAAGAUUAUGAGAGACCCAGACACAGGUAACUCCAAGGGUUAUGCCUUCAUCAACUUUGCCAGUUUUGAGGCAGCAGAUGCAGCCCUAGAGGCCAUGAAUGGACAAUUUUUAUGUAACAGAGCGAUCUCCAUCUCGUUUGCCUUCAAGAAAGACUCCAAAGGAGAGAGACAUGGCUCAGCAGCAGAAAGAUUUAUGGCCAAACAGAAUCCUUUGUCCCUCACUGAUCGGCCUCAUCAGCUGUUUGCAGAUGCCCCUCCCCCUCCUCAGCAGCCUCCCACACCAAUGGCUCCCUCAUCUCUGGCCCCUCCCCCUCCUCCCCCGUCAAUGGGUGGAAUGUCAUCAAUGCCAGGGAUGCCCCCUGGAAACAUGCCGCCUCCAAUGAUGUCCAUGCAGCAGCCCAUGCCUCCCCCUCCCAUGCCCCCACCCAUGGGCAACCCCCAGUACCCUCCUCAACACGGUCAGAUGCCGUACCCCCCUCCCCCCAGAUCUGGACACCCGGGAAUGCCUCCCUCGGCAAGCGGUCACUCUCAGGCUCCCCCUCCCCCUCCCUCAUCACAAUCAGGAUCACAGAUGCCCCCUCCUCCAGGUGUUCCAGGGAUGGGCAUGCCCCCUCCCCCUCCUGGUAUGAGACCACCCCCUGGUUGGCGACCUCCUCCAGGAAUGAGGGGCCCUCCGCCGCCUAUGUAUGGUCGACCCCCACCUCCAGGGAUGAGACCCCCGCCUCCCGGUAUGAGGGGACCACCCCCUCCCCCAGGCAUGAAUCGCCAGGCCCCACCCCCACCCAGACAGCCCCCACCCCCUGCUCCUCCUGCCUCAAGAAGUUACUGAGUGACCCUCUUAAAGGAACCAUUGUGGAAACAGCAUCCAAGGAUCAAGAGAACAUUUUGGGGGGUGGAGAAACUUUCAGGGGUGUGUUGGAAGUUAUAAUGUGCAAGUACAUUAACAUCAUGAUCAUUUCAUCGGUC